UUGUUUUAUCUUUCUCUUUCUCUGACAGGCAUCAGAAACUCCUCCUGAACCAUCAGAAAUGACAUCACUGUAAUCACUUCAGGGAUUUCUAGGUUUUGUGCAUCAACAACUUUGGAAAAUCCACAAACUGCAAGGAUGAGUGUUUGUGGCCGUCUUGUGUGUUGUGCCGUCUGGCUCCUCGCUGUUCAGAACACGAGCUGGUCUGCUGACACGACCCCUGACACGACCCCUGACACGACCCCUGACAUGACGCCUGACCGACCCUACAAACACCCCACACACUCACGCGACGCCAUGCAGAGACAGAAACGCAACUGGGUUUGGAAUCAGUUCUUUGUGCUUGAGGAAUACACCGGGACGGAGCCGCUGUAUGUGGGCAAGCUGCAUUCAGAUGUGGAUAAGGGUGAUGGAAAUGUCAGGUACGUGUUGACAGGGGAGGGAGCGUCUUCAGUCUUCACUAUCGAUGAGAAUACAGGAGACAUCCAUGCUACCAAACGCCUGGACCGAGAGGAACAGGGUUAUUACACGCUGCGUGCGCAAGCGGUCGACCGCCAAACUAGCCGUCCGCUAGAGGACGAGUCUCAGUUCCUCGUGAAGGUCCAGGACAUCAAUGACAACGAGCCCAAGUUCCUGGACGGGCCGUACGCCUCACGAGUGCCCGAAAUGUCUCCUCUCGGCACGACGGUGGUUCAGGUGACAGCGACAGAUGCUGACGAUCCCACUUACGGCAACAGCGCCAGAGUUGUGUACAGCAUUAUACAUGGACAACCUUACUUCUCUGUGGAGCCCAAGACAGGCAUUAUACGGACAGCCCUGCCCAACAUGGACCGAGAGACGCGUGACCAGUACGUGCUGAUCAUUCAGGCCAAGGACAUGGUGGGUCAGAUGGGAGGACUGUCCGGCAGCACCUCUGUGACGGUCACGCUCACCGACGUCAAUGAUAACCCUCCGCGCUUCUCUCACAAGUCGUAUCAGUUCUCAGUGCUGGAAUCUCUGCCGGUCUCAUCAGUGGUGGCCAAACUGAAAGCCGCAGAUGCUGAUAUCGGCUUCAAUGCGGAGAUGGACUACCGCAUAAUAGAUGGAGAUGCACCCGGUGUGUUCAACGUCACCACAGACGAGGAGACUCAGGAGGGAGUCAUCUUUCUGCAGAGGCCUUUGGACUAUGAAACUAAGAGCAGUUUUUCUCUGAAGAUUGAAGCCACUAAUCGGAAUAUUGACCCUCAGUUUCUGAGCUUUGGGCCCUUCAGUGACUCUGCGGCUGUAAAGGUCACAGUAGAAGAUGUAAACGAGCCGCCGGUCUUCUCAGCCUGGAUCAGUAAAAUGGUGGUGUCGGAGGCAGCGAGGGUUGGUUCUGUCAUCGGGACGGUUUCAGCCCAUGACCCAGACUCGUCCAGCAGCGCCAUCAGGUACUCCAUAGACCGUAACACAGACCUGGAGCGGUUCUUCAACGUGGAUGCUCUGUCUGGUGUCAUCAGCACAGCCAAACCUCUCGACAGAGAACUCAAUUCAGUCCACAACAUCACCAUAUUUGCCACUGAGAACCAGGACCCGUCUCAGGUUGGCAGAGGAAUCGCUCUGAUCACAGUCUUGGACAUUAAUGAUAACGCUCCGGUGUUUGCUAUUGAGUACGAGACACUCCUGUGUGAAACUGCUGCGCCUGGACAGGUUAUUCAGACGAUCAGUGCUGUGGAUAAAGACGAGCCUCCCAGUGGCCAUCGUUUCUAUUUCUCUUUCGCUUUCUCUGCCGUCAAUAAUAACAACUUCACCCUCAGAGAUAAUAAAGAUAACACCGCAUCAGUGCUGACCAAGCGAGCUGGUUUCCGGAGGCAAGAGCAGUCUCUGUACUGGUUACCAGUGCUGAUCGUGGACAGUGGUAGCCCUGCCUUGAGCAGCACCAAUACACUCUCAGUACGCGUGUGUCAGUGUGAUGUGGACGGGGUUCCUGAGGCGUGUGGAUCCAUGGCCUUCUCUCUCCCAGCGGGUCUGAGCACUGGAGCUCUGCUCGCUGUACUGGCCUGCAUCAUCACACUGCUGGUUCUGAUGCUUCUGAUCGUGGCGAUGCAACGCAGACGAAAAGUGCCUCUUUUCCUGGAGGAUGAACGUGAUGUGCGGGAGAACAUCGUUCAGUAUGAUGAUGAAGGAGGAGGUGAAGAAGAUACAGAAGCUUUCGAUAUGGCUGCACUGCGUAAUCUUAAUGUCUUACGUGAUUCGAAGGUACAAAAUGUAACUCCAGUUAACUCUGUUAACCCAUACUCAGCUUCAGCUAUGACAUCUUACAAAACACUUCCUGACAACACUGUCUUUCAAGAGUUUAUCUGGGACAGACUGAGAGUGACUGAUGUGGAUCCGUCAGCUCCACCGUAUGAUUCUCUUCAGACCUAUGCGUUUGAGGGAAACGGCUCGGUGGCGGGGUCUCUGAGCUCGCUGGAUUCUCCCAGUUCAGAUUCAGAGCAGAGUUACGACUACCUCAGCAACUGUGGACCACGCUUCAAGAAGCUGGCAGACCUGUACGGCAAUCUUGACGGAAGCAGGGUUUUCUCCUAGCCUUAAUGAUCAUGGCCUAUAAACAAUCACCAACACAACAAUUGUUAUUGUUUUGCAGGUGUAAAGACAAUGUGAAAGGUCUAAAUUUCUUUAGUUGGCUUUAACAGGUUUGUCGACUCACUCAAAUGAAACGAAAGUGUGGUGCCAGGGUUUGAUUUGGUAGGUGUACUGUAGUGUCCCUUCAAUCUGACCACUGCCCUGCAUAGUUUAGUUUCAACCUUAAUCAAAGAAACCUGAGCAAGCUAAUCAAGAGUGCGUUCGACUCAAUGCAGUUCUGCUCAGACCCAUCGCUGUCUGGCUUGAAGCAGUGCAAUCUUUGUCUGAUUUAAACUGCGCAAGUGUCACUACGGGAAGCAGAAAGUCUCAGACUUCACGGGACUGUAGUCUACACCAGGAUAAAUGAAAGUGCUCAUAAAUUGCUGUUGAAAUGGUUUUCUCAAUUGAAACAGAGUGGAGGCUUGGACCAGUAAACUGUAUUUGAUUUGUAACAACUUAAGCUGGUUUCUGGAAAACGUCUAGGUUACGACUGUAACCUCUGCUCCCUGAGAACAGGGAACGAGACACUGCGUCGAUGACGCUUUGGGGAACACCUCAGGCGUGACAGGUGUCUGAAAUCACUAUCAAAUCACAGCAUUCAU